GAGCGGCGUGAAGCUAGCUGUUACAAGUAAUAAUAUUAUAUGAACCUUAGAAGAAGUGUUCAGCAUUUAGCUUGUGUUGAAGAUGACAGAUUUGUUGAGCUGCUCAUCACCUCAGCCUCACGACAUUAAUAUUCCAUUUUCCUCUCAUCUUCAAACCAAUACUGCUCAAAGAGACGUCACUUACAGUUGUGGAUCCUGUGGAUAUGAAUUGAACCUCAACUCUGGCAAUCGCAAUACGACAGUUAUUGGGUCAAAAUAUGGAAAAACAAUGAGGAGAGGGGUUCUCUCAUUUUUAUGCAUUGAUGAGAGCAGAUUUACUCAGAUAAGUAAACUUAGAUGCUCACCCUAUUUCAGGUCCAAAAACUCGUGGGGUUUCUUUCAACGACGCACUAAACUCUUGUGUCGAAAGUGCACAAAUUAUAUUGGCAUUUCUUAUACAACUAGUAAUAACAAUGGUACAAGUGGUGCUGCACUACAUAUUGAUGUCACCUCAGAUGCUGCAUUAGCAACACCUAAUUGUUGGGAUGGGCUGUCAGCUUGUACAACUAAUUACGAAAUAAAGAUAUGUGCAUUAAGGCCAUCUGUGAAGGAAGUCAUUAUGCACCAGUAAACUAAGCAAAAUGCUGAAGGAACACACAUGUUUGAAGAAUCUGUUGUGAAGUCACCAAAAAGGAAUGCUAAUAUCACAAGAAACAGAAGACAGAGUCACUCUGCUCAAGUUUUACCAAGAUGGAUAGUAUACCCUUAUUGCACUUCUUGUUCUUACUUAUGUAUGAUGAUUGUUAAAGCGUAGCUCAAAAUGUGUUUUACCUUCAUGUUUCGUUGAACUUGUCAAAGCAAAUGUAAGCAAAAAUCCUUUCAUUGAUUUGGAUUGCUGCUACAAAAGAUCAAUUGUUGUCAUCAGGGCUCUAGGAGGCACUAGCACAAAUUGUAUUUUGUGGACAAAUCCAGGACUAAUGCAUUUCCAAUUGGCCUAGUCUGGUCCAAUUGCUCGA